CUAUAGUAUACAACAAUGUCUCCCCUCAGAAACGGCCAUGAGCAUAUAUGUGAUCUGACCCCUGGUGGCAGGAAUGCAGAGUACAUGUGGAAUGGCAGCGCAGGGCAGAGCCACAAGGGUCCCAUCUGUGUACCCUUCGCUCGUCAUCCUAGAGAAGCCGGCCGCUUUCUGAAUCCUGUUCCACCUGUAGGUGUCGGGGGAAACCUCACUACUGCUGCCAAUAGUCAGAGCUCUUCGGCUGGUCUGGCCGUGCGUGUGUGUGGGUCUCCAGGCCUCGACGGACGCAUAUACACAUCUGACCUGUACCCUCCGUCACAUCGUCUUGAUGAUGGGGACACAGACUGUGACGUGGCUGAUGCAUCCAUUUUUGACUUCUCUUCUGUAACGACCUGUAGCCCAGAUGAAACUCUGAAUCGACUCAGGGGAGCGGAAGCACGUGAUGAUGAGGAUGAUGAUGAUGAAGAGGACAGUGAGGUUCCAGUUCUCCUCAAACCUUCAUACACUCACAAUUCUUCAGCUGUGCAGACAGGGGGAAGCUUAUGCAUGCAGUGGCAGAUUCCUAGACGGGCUCCUAUUCCUGCUGAGGUUUGCAUUGGGGCUCAAGGAAAAACGCUUGCCCCAAAACCACACAGAAUCCCUGUCAGUGCCUUCCGGCCAAUUUGGGACCCGACUUAUUCACAGGGUGAUGUGACUCCUGCAAAAGAGAACUCUGUGUCUUUCAGCUCAACAAAUCAGAUCAUUAAUCAGCAGCAAGAGACUGACCUAUCACGAUCUGCAUAUAGAGGGACUGGAGUCCAGCGGGCUGAAGCAGUGUGGCAUGACAGUGAGGACAGUGAAGGACCCUGCAGUACAGUCUGACACACUCCUAUGCCAGCAAACAAUUAAUGUUAUGCACUGGAGCAACUAAUCAUACACAAGGGGAACUUCUCUGCUUCAUCCAAUGAAAUGACUGGAAUCCUUUUUUUUUUUUUUAAAUCUGAGAUUACAAAUGAUAACUUUUUCUCACUGUGAACUGACAUGAAGCACCAGCACCCUCACCACAGCUAAAUUCAACAAAAGUCUUCCAGCAUGAUUUAAUCUGUCAGAGAGAAAUAAACACUUUGAUGUAACAGAAUGCACAUAAACAGAGGAAUAAAAACGUUCAGUAGAAAAUAA